AUGGAUCAUCAAUUGGCGAUUCACGCAUUCAAGAUAUUGUCACUUAUACUACCGUUGAACUACACACAAAAUGCUCAAAUUUGUUCGGAUACCGUGCUUUUAGCUAACCGGCUGGAGCGAACCGCGUCUCCAGUGAGUGAUAUUGUCUUGUUUAUGAGCAAGGACUUACGAGCCAAUUUGGAUCUUUUCGUACGUCUGCUCCUCAACCGACUGCAAUCCAGUCACGGAGAUCGAGUGGAUGUGCUCCACUUGCUGAACGAAAUGACAGAUAAUUCACAAGCAAAAGGUCACAUUCUGCAUAGAUUGGAUGAUUUGUUCGCGGUUGCCCUCCCAGAGAUAAUCGAGGCCUGUAAACUUGUUCUCCGUAUGUUCCCCAUAUCGACGAUUCUGCACUGCCCGGUCUUACAGAUGCCGUUCACAAUUGAAUCGCUCGGUUUACCUCGUCUGAUCCUGAUUUACUUUAGUCAUGAACGCUGCCGAUCGUGUGAUGAUACUGCUAAGUCAGCUAUCACAUUUCUGUUCAAUUACUAUGCGGAUCUGCGUGAAGAUGAGUCAAUAAUGGAGCAAAUAAGACGGUCAAGAGACUGUGGCGAUUCGGAAACCCAGGUGUACUUGCUUCUGAACGCGUUAUGCAUCAUCAGUUCUCACGGUUUCCAAGUGAAUUUGGAACAUCCUGACGAUGUUCCCAGAGACGAGUAUCUUUGCAAGUUGUUAUUUACAGUGAUGCUGCAGUUAUAUUCACAAGAAACAGAUCUUAUGGAAGAAAUGGAAUUCGCCCGUGUUUUGGAUGACUUGUUGAGAUCUUUACAGACAAGUGAGCGGUCCGCAAUGAGACGUGUUCUGACUGUAAUGCAAUUAUUCAUUUCCGAUCCGGAAACUGCAGAUACGGAUUUGCGCUUUGUGAACGGAGUUCUCCUCGUGUUAAGCUCAAACGAAACGGUUGCCUUGCGGAGCACUUUGAAAUUAUUCGUCAGUUCCGCACCAUCCACAGUGAGUGCAAACGAGAUCACCGUGGAUGCAAAAUAUUUGAAGUCUUUACCAUCCCUUGUCGAGGUAACCAAACCGACCAUUACGCUCUCGACCACGGAGCAUAAAAGUCUGCUCAAACAACUUGGAGUGUCCAACUGUCGAAUUGAAAAUGAACAGCUGUAUGCGCGUUUCAAAUUGAUGUCGGAUGAGCUGAUAGUAAUCGAUAGAACACCCAUACUGAAAAGUACCCAAUUCAGCAUCAUGUUCGAGAAAUCGCGUUCACUCGUGGAUGCCGGUUGGCAGCAUGAUUCAAUUAGUAUGAUCAUGAACAGCAUCAAUUCUACCGGACGGCUAUAUCAAGUAAUUGCUACCCUCGAUACAGUUAUCGCUUUCCGAUUGAGAGAACUUGAUACAGAUGCAGCUCUGUCAAAUCUGCUGGAUCAAUUAGGAUUUGCCGAAACCGAGUGCCUACGACAAUGA